AUGGAUGGCUUUAACUACUGCUUUAACUCCCAAUCCCUGAACCGACCCAUUCUGACCGAGUUGGUGGACGGCUCCUCACGCGAUGACACGUGGGCCACGGCCGAGCUUGCAAAGGGAUCGUUGCAGGAUUUGUUUCUGGGUGCUGGGCAUGAGGAUAACCGAGGCUCCAUAGAUGAGUCGAACCGGACCGAUCGCACCACGGGAACCACCGGAGGGCAAUUCUCCCUGAGCACCCUGCAGCUGCAGCAGGGAGUCGUCGAGGCCCCGCAACGCCUUACACCUGCCAAGGUGGCCCUGCACCAGCACUGGAACAUGAUGCGCAGCCGCUUGCGAAGUGCUUCAAACACAGGCAGCGGGCAAGACCCGGCAACACGAAACCGCUACUGGGCCAUGUCGGGCCCCAUCUUCGACGACGUGCGCGUCGCAGAGCAUGCCGAAAAAGCCCAGUUCAUCGAAGGUGUUACCAUUGUCACAGGCCGUUUCUGGGACAAGGCCUUGCCAGGUUCCGCUUCGCAGGAUGUGGCAUACGUGAGUUCCAGUUGUUCAGUUGUUUGCAGGUGCGAUUGGGCUUCGGCUGUGAUAAUGCCACCAGAGGCCGAGCUUCAGGAACAUCAAGAGGAACUUCCUGGCCUCUACCAGGCCCUGGCCAAGGACGUGAUAAGCCCUGGUCUGCUGGCGACCAGGUCGACCUUGGAGGAUGUCGCGCUGCUGACGCCUGGAAGUCAGGGCAUCAGCCAGGUCGCCACCACAGCGGGAGGUGCGCAGAGUACCGGACCGCCAUCAGGGUCACAUCCGGUGGCAUGGCCAGGUCCCUGGUAUCCCUUCGUUCCCUGGUCAUGGGUAGCCGCGCAAUCCGGGCCAACUCCUCCAGGUUGCGCGGCGACCCCAACACCGCCGACGCCCCAUGUGCAGGUGCCAGCAGCACCCUGCCAGGGCCAACAGACUGCCACUGCCCAUCCAGAGCCAGCGCAGUCCCCGCAGGUCGUGGAGCAGCCGCAGGCCAUACAUCCCACGCAGGCGCAGAGGCCUCCUAGCGAACGGGCACUUGCAGAAACUGCACCAGCACCACGCUCAUCGCCUGUGCCGGCAGGGCAAAGUGCACUUGCACAGCCGGCGAUUGGGAGCCCCUCAGCCAACAACCUCGCGGAGGCAGAUGCAAAGCUCCAGGUUACGAUAGCGCAGGAGGUGCCGGCAGAGAAGGCAUCUGCACGGGAACGUCGGGAAGCUUCUUCCCCGGACCAGCAAGCACCGGCACCGGCACCAGUGAUGGUUCCUGCGAUUGCCGCGGUGUCCACAGCUGCACCUGCAGCUGCCAGCGUUGUUGCGGCACCACAGCCGAAAGCUGCCAACCAGGGCCCUGACGUGGUGUGCCAGGGACCGGAGGCUUCUUCGCCACAGCAGGUCUUAAAACAGGUGAAGCUUCUGCUUGCCGGUGCUGCAUCCGGCUCCCCGCCGGGGCCCUCGGCGCUACGCGCGGCACUUCGGAGCGCCAAGACCGAGCCUUGGUACGCGGAGACCGUCGCACAGCUUGAUGGAAUGGCAGCCUCCGCCACAGCUGAGCUUCAAGGCAUGUCGACUACCCAGCGUGUCGCUGUCGCGCUCCUUCUGCUUAAGGUGCACAUGUCCAGCUCCGGAGCAGCGCAGGCAGCGAAGCUUGCCGCUGCUGGCCCGACAGAGCUUGGCCCAGGCGGGGACUUUGCAUGGCAGGAGCUCCUGUCGCUUCUGCCGCCCUGGCGUCGUGCCAUGACGAAAACCGACUUCGAGGCCUUCUGCCGCAUCAGCGCCGAGCACCUUCUUCCGCGCUUCAAAGCUGAGCGAGUGCGCCGGCUGUCACAGGUCUUGAUCGAGCUCUAUCCACCCGCCAGUGCUCUCGAGGAUCCGCAGGCCAAGGCUUCGCCACCCUCAGCUGCUCAGAGGCAUCCGGCAUCCACUUCCAGCCCGCUUGACGCGACAAGCUCCUACCGACGUCGGCAAUUGGGUGCAGUGGCAGCUGUGCAACGGAUGGGCGACCGGGAGAAAGACGCGGCUAACGUCAAAGGCGCUGGCAGAGGCUCUGGCUCCAUUGAUUUGUCGUCGCUGAUCCGUCGCGACCCAGCAUGGAGGGUGGCUGCUAAAACCACUGACUCCGAUUCCGACGAGAUCGCCGACGUCAAUGACCUGUAA